UCCAGUUCCCGAGCGGGCGGCUGCGCCCCACUCGCCGAGGAGCUGCGCUCACCGCAGGGCGGUCCCCCGCCUGUGUUCGCGGCGCCAGAAAAGAAGUGGCUGUGAAGGUGCAGAAAAAAAAUGACAACUGAAAAAAAAAUGGCAACUGACAACAGAGAGGAUGGGGGCUGUGCCGAGCUUCAGAGCAUGUACCCAGCCUAAGGAGGCAGAAGAUUGAUCUUUGAAAAUAUGUAUUUGGGAGAUAGUCACGUUCUGUUAAAUGCCUUGCGCUGGUACUGCCAUCGAAAAAUCUGGUUACACUCUGGGGAGGCCUGCUGUCACUGCAGGACUGAACCGCCUCGGCCCUGAGAUGAGUGUCCAGCCUCAGCGGGCACACCAUGAAUAGAUACACGACAAUCAGGCAGCUCGGGGAUGGAACCUA